AUGAGGUACAUCCUCACUCCGUUGCUAGAGGGUCUGAGAUCCCCGUUCGUCGGAAGCAAGCCGCCUGAUCCUCCAGUAGGAGAUACAAAGUCAAAAUUUCCUGAGCGCAAAACUUCCCUUGUAAAUCUGAAGUCUUCGUUUUUCGGCCACAAGAUUUCCAUUCCUUUCUUUCCGAGGUUCAAGUCCCCAUUUAUACGCAACAAGGUUCCCGAUCCUUCACUCAGCAAAGCGAAGUCUGCUUUUCCACGCCCUUCGAUAUUCAAGAGUCUGAAGUUACCAUUCAUCCGGAACAAAGAUCCGAAGGUCACAACUGCCCUAGUCCCCGUCCCAGUUCCAAUUCAAAUCCCCCCGGAGAGGCAACAUAUUCCUCCUUACCACCACCUGGUCGAUUAUGAGAUUGGUUAUUACGAUAAUGGAGACGCGUUGGAUGCUUUCAAGACAAGCUUGCCCAAUUUGCCCAAAGGUCUUCGGUACCGCGAAAGAGCUAGAGUGCCUGGAUUUGGAGAUCCACACCUUCUGGGUCUUCCAGUCAAUGUUCGCUUCCGAAUCUACCAGUUUGUGACUGGGCCAGUACGAGCAAAGAACAAGAUGAUUAUUCUAUCGCCAGACCGUACGAUAGAUGGGUUUUGGCCAAAAAAGCUCUUCAUGGAGCCUCGGACUGUAUUCGAUAUUAUUGGCGGCCUAAGUUUGUCGUGUUUCCAACUCCGGCACGAAAUCAUGACAUAUUAUUGUUCACAAUUCCACUUUCAUGUUACUAUCGACUACUUCUGCUCUCCAAUGGUUGCGCCGCUCAUGAACAAAUGGCUACCACUAUUUGCAAACAAGAUGCAGUUCUUGACUGUGGAAGUUGACUUGACACGCCUAGGGGGGUGCUACAGAAAUGAGAAGUUUGCACUCAGACAUGGCGGAAAACGCAUGCAGUGGUUUGUGAAAUCGCUAGUAAAAUCCCUCUCGAAUAGGAGCGGAACAAUCCGGAGUCUGCAUUUUAUGUGCCGGAGAUACAAAGGUUACCGAUCACCCUCGCAGAGAUAUAUUCCGGAGGAAAAUAUUCCUGAUAAUACUGAGCCUCCUAAAGAUAGAUCUCCUGAAGAUGGUACUCCUGAAGAUGGUACUGCUGAAGAUAGCACUCCCGAAGAUGGCACUCCCGAAGAUGGGGCCCAAGAUGCCUCUGAAGAUUCCUCUGAAGAUGUCUCUGAAGAUGCGACUUCUGAAGCUAGAACUUCGCUAAACAGUAGUGUUAUGGUUGAUCUAUUGCAUGAAAAGGAAACAUCCAAUUCAGAUGAGUCGCAUAGCGAUGAGUCGGAAAAAGAUGAGCCGAAAAAGGAUACGCAUUACAAACAUGUUCCUAUCAAAUACUGUUCCUCGUACACAACAACAGUUCUGGACUUCCUGCCGCGACGUCUUGGGAAAAAAGGCAUACCGGUCUACCAUCUCCGCCUCUCUGGCUUUGGAAAGCCAUAUACCAAACAUAUCCUAAGACAAAUUGGUUCGGUUGGCAACGGGCCCACACGUCUGAUCACCCCAAAAGUCCCUCCUUGGCCUCGCGAUUACCCCGAAAUUCAUCAUAGCAUAACUACGACUGAUGGCGAUUACCUGGGCACUGUCGUAAAGUUUGUCAAUCCCAAAGAAGAGGAGUCUGUCGAAAAGCCACGUAUAAGCAGGCUUACUGCAAGCAAGGCGUUUUUCAAAAGAGCUCUUAGCAGGAUAACCUUUUCCAGGACUCGCAAGACAGACCCUGAAACCAGCCCUCCAUUUGACUAUAGAGUGCUAUUUCCAGACUUCUAUGACUCGGAUGAAGACGAUGAGUCGGAUACAGCUUCAGAGGACGAGGAUGACCCAGAAGGCGUUGGCUUAGGAAUCCAGCUUCCCAUUCUUCAGCGCCAUCCCAACAACAAAUACUCCUUGAUGCGGAUGUAUGACAUAGAACGACACAUCGAACAAAAGCUGGAGGAGCCUGACUUCCCCGACCCGUGCGACGAAAUCAUCGAGAUCUGGGCGAUUGAUUCGGUGUCAAAAAGGUUCGGUGAUUUGUUUGGAGUAUCCACGGCAACUCGUGGAUUACCCAAGGACCGCCGUCCACCUAUUGUCGUCGAGUCGACGCACAGAUCAAUCCCUACACUAUUCAAGGGCCUCAAGAGGUUUGUAUCGAGAACUCCCGUCAUACCCGUAAGGAUGGCGACCAUACCCGAGGUCGACGAUCAACUUCAAGAAAUCAAUGCGGCCUCCUCACCAGUGAAUGGAUUGUUUAAUUUUCCUGAGCAACGAAUAUCAGCAACUGCUCAGAACCAAAUUCAGAUGAACGGGCACUGGAACCUUGGACAAGAACGCCACGGUCUCUCGCAUCUAGCGCAGCAUAAUUCUUCAACCAAUUCUACUUUCUAUACCAACGCUUCAGAAUCAACUCUCGACAUGGCGUUUUCAGAUCCUACAAUUCCUGCACAGCUCGCUCCCAUCCAUGAGCAAGAGGUUGAUUCUUCGUCAACUCUUUAUAUUCCCGAUGAUGGAUCUGACACUCCAACAAUGGCACGUAUCCGCAGCGAGAAUCUCAGCCACGCCGAUGAGCCUUGGGACCAUAUGGAUGAACAAUCGAACCACUCUGAACUGGAACUCCAUACAGUUUAUACAAGUUCUACAUAUGAUACUGAUGGUACGAGAUCGAGAUCGAAUACCGAGGGCAGUGUGGUACUUGAUUGGCCACUUCCAAACUUCACGAUGCCCCCAGCGCCAACGAGACCGCCUCCUCCAGUGCCUGAGAUAGGAAACCAAUUGCAUCAGAUCGCCACCUUGCCACCAACAAGGCCACCUCCUCCAGUGCCUGAGAUAGGAAACCAAUUGCAUCGGAUCGCCACCGUAUCAUCACGACGCACCUUACGUUUUGCCAAUGAGGACGAAUUGCAUGAAAUUCCCACCUCCUCCUCGAGGCGUGCUAUUCGAUUUUGUGAUGAGGGCCAACUUCACCAGAUCCCCACGUCUUCUUCAAGGAAAACAUUGCGCUUUGAUGUCCCCGAGGAAACAGACGCUCAACAGGAGGCUAGACGUGCCCGAAGUGAUAGUUUCAGGAAACAAAGACAAGAUGAAGAGAGAAAGCACAGUCGGGGGAUGCAGAGUCUUGAUUCGUUGUUCAAUUACGGUGUGGAACCAGUACCAAGGGAGCCCAAAAAGCCAAAGGAGCCCAAAAAACAACGUAGCCGAUCUGACAGUUUCUGGGGAAAACGCAAAGCAAAGAAUGACGCCGAUGACAAGCCCUCCAAGACGCCAACGCUGCGUGCGGCGAAAAGUUUCCCAUCCAAUUUCUAUGGACGCGAAGCUCCCGAUGACUCCGGGCUCGCCCCGCCUCCAAAUCUGAAAGAGAAGCGCAGCAUGUCCCGUCUUUUCCACCGCAAGAAAGAAGGGCUCAAAGGCGCAGAAGAGGUUGAGGAGAUGUCGAACAAGAUCAAUCAUCUCUUCAGUGAUUCCGCCGCCGACACCCCAGCCGACAAAGGCACCAUCGGGCCCAGUAGCCGCGCUGGCGGUUUCUGGAAGCGCAACAAAGGAGAGGCACAGCCAGAUGCGGAAGUUGAGAGUGCGCCGCACCCGCCUUUGUGCAGCAUGCGAAGCUUUUCUUUCAACCCCCUGCGCCUGCGUCGCCGAAGUUCAACGAUAAACAACAGCGCCACAGAGCUCCCAGAUGAGUUGCCCAAAGAGCAACCCGAGGAACUCACAGACGACCUGCCAAACGAUCUGUCAAACGAUCUAUCAAACGAUCUAUCAAACGAUCUCACCAAUGAGCCAACUAACGAGCUCCCCGUUCCCGCCGCCCCUGCUCCAACUCCAGAACCCCGCGCCCGCUCACGCGGUUUCUUCAACAGCCUCCGCCGCAAAACGUCCAAGCUCCUCAACGCCGACGAAAUCGACACCAUGUCCUCAAACCUCUCUCUUCUUUUCAACGGUUCCUCGGCCACCAUCGCGACGAACACGAAUGAGAGUACCGGUGGACGUCAGAGCACUACCACGGGACGUGAGAGCGCUGCUUCUGGGCGCCAGAGCACCACCGACGGCCGCGAGAGUACCACUUCUGGGCGCGAUAGCGCAGCUUCCGGGCGCCAGAGCGCGGCUUCGGGACGUCAGAGCGCCACCCCAAGUGGUGGCUAUAGCUUCUCUCGGAGUUUCGGCCGUCGCGCCGCCGCCGCCGGGAGCAUAUUUGGCCCCAAUGGGGGCAGGAAAGACGGCCGAGGCAGCUUGGCCAACGUCCGUUGGGGCGCGGGGGAGGGGAUGGUAGCCCCUGCUGGGCUGCGCGAGGUGAGAGAGGCGAGGGAGAGGAGGGAGAGAGAGGAGAGGGAGGAGCGGGAGGAGCGGGAGAUUGAGGAGGAGAUGGAAAGGGAUAGGGAGAUUGAGAGGAGGGAGCUGGAGGAGUUGAGGGCGAGGGAGAGGGAGAUUGAGAGGAGGGAGAGGGAGACGAGGGGGGAUAGGGGGACAUUGGGGUUGGUGAGGGGGCCGAGGGUGGCGGCGGUGGAGGAGGAUGAUGAGGAGGAGGGUUAUGUGGUGUAA